AGGAUGUUAAGCUGCCAUUCUCCCAAACGCACAUAACGAGCACAAAGCGUGUAAUUAGAGUCUUGUCGGACAUCAAAACACAACGGCAACAGGCGGGAGUCAUCUUGGCGCUUCGCUCCGACCCAACUGCCUCCUCAACCGUUUCUUUUCCCUGUCACCAAAGUAUCCUUUCCCCUACGAGACCAUCCCGAUUCGGGCCUAUUCAGGCCCUUGGUUUGAUUGCGGAGGUUACGGAAUAACGCGUCUGUUGGUUGACUGAUUGCAGCUUCAUUUGAGGACCUGAUUUUUCCGACAAUACUGAGGCAAAUCAUAUAUGUACGAGCCUAUUGGGUCUUGCGCAAUAUGUGCGGACGUCUUAAUGAACCCCUGUGCUUUACCUUCUUGUGGGCAUGUAUUCUGCUUCGAAUGUCUGAAUCAGUAUCUUGGGGCCGCUUCUUCUCUCAGCUCGCGACAACGACCACCAAAGGGAUGUCCUAUGUGCAGGAAGCCAGCUGGCCAUUCCCCGCCGAUAAAACUCUUCGUUGAGCCGUUGGAGAAAUCACUGACAGGGCCGACUCGAAGUGCGAAAGCAGCUGUCACCACACGUUCAGAAUCUAAUUCCCAAGAGACAAACACAAAGUCCUGGGCUGAAGCAACCAUUCCUGUACCCCUAUUCGCGCUGGUUCAUGUCAAGAACCUUCAGAAUGACCUCGCUGCACUUCGUUCCGAAUACGAACGCACUCAAGUUCAACUCCAAACGGCAGACAACCGAGUACAGGACCUCCAGGCUCGCAUUGGGGAGAAGGAGAUUGCAAUUGAUGACAUCUCUCGACAAGUUCAGGUAGUUCGAUGUGUUGCGCAAAGGAAUGCUGCCGAAGCUUCAUCGAUGCGAAGCAGCCUCGAGCACAGUCAGGGCGAGCUUAGCACGACGCAACUUCAACUCGCUGAAGCGAGACUGGAGAUUGAAAUGUUGAGACGAAUUCUAGCCACAAUCCAGCAUAAAAGCGCCGGCACUGAUGGAUGUAUGUCUGAAUCACUGUUGACACUACUUCCCCAUAUACAUACUGCUGAAAUUUCGUGUCCAGACAUCAACACUUGGCUUGAAUUUGCAUCUUUGAUGGGAAACACUAAUACCAGAAUUCAAGCGUUGGAUGGCGUGUUGUACACCUCGAACGGGCCUGAACUCACGGACACAACGAGUGGCACAAAUGAACAAAGUGUAUCAUAACCGAGCCCUCCAGGGCAACAUUGCCUCCCCCCCUUCUGUUCAUCACUCACAAUUGUCACCAGCAGGCUGGAAGAUCGCACUAACACCGCAUUCUCACGAACCGCCCUUCCCACAUCCCGUUGGCCUUCUUCCUUUCUUCUCGGACUGUCCUUGUACUACUGUGCUCCUGUACUUGCCGUGCCGCCUGUGUAUCUCGCGCGUGUACGAUAGUUCUUACCAUUGGGAUCGCGGUACCGCCAGCGUAUGUUCGUGGCAUCGCCUAGUUCAAGACCAACAGGCGAUCGGAAGGACAAAAGAUAUUCAAGAGUCCUCUGGCCCCCGAUGCCUCCACUGCUGCCACUGAGACGGGGUCAAUCUAUUGUUUUACCAUGCUGAGUUUUCAGCGUUACCAGUG